AUGGUUAGUAUCAUUAGCCAGAGGAACAACAGUACUGCAUAUAACAGUUAUCAAUAAACCUUGACAUUUGAAAAAGCCCAACCCUCAGCCUUAGAAGGAACUGAAAUGAGUAGCCUGUCAUCCAAAGGCAGCGUCUGACUUGUGUACACAGUAAUCAUGACUCAAAUGUGUGUUUCUGGUGUGUAUCAGGUUUCAAAACUAACGAAGGACUCGGUAUCUUGCUUUUUUCUUUUGCCUUGAUUGACCAUUCCAGUAGCAUCAAAGUGGAGGAAAUGUAUUUACUCUGAGGUGAGAAAACAUUUAUACUCUACAGACAGCAGCACAAGGAAAGUAAAACAUUUUCUUCAGUGAAGAAUGAGCGAAAGUUUCAAGGAAGGCCCUGACAUUCAGGGGACACAGUUCAGGGGUCCUUCUCUGUCCCAGCAGAGGAGGGUCAUCCAUUUCUCCAGCGGUGAGACUCUAGAGGAAGAUAACAGUGAGGAAGAGGAGGAUACAUCACAUGAGCAGGUGUUUAGGGAGCCUGAAGACAUGCUUAAACUUCCGUGGAGAGCAUAUACUUGGUCUCUGGGCAGGAAGUCAUUGCGCACUUGUGAUUUUCUUGGGGAAAAACUGGCUGGUCUACUUGGCCUUAACACUGCCAAAUACCAGUAUGCUGUAGACGAAUAUCAACGUUCCAUUAAGACCACAGCCAGUAAAGAAACGGAAUGCUCUUAUGAGGAAGGAACAGAGAGAAUUCACCUUUCUUCAAGGAUGAGCAGUGAAUAUGGGGCCACAAGCUCCCACAGAGCCUCUGCUGGUUCUCAAGCCUUCCAGAACAUUGAGCACAGAACUACAGGAUCCCACAACAAGGGCUAUCAAAAUGAUAAUGAGCACUGAGAAAGAACUAGCUAUUAUGAAUUAAACAUAUUAACAUGUGUUAAGAAAGCUAAUAUUCAUGUUGAUGAUUGUAUUUUUUGCUGUUCCUCUCGCUAUGGUUUCUACCAAACCAAGGUUCAAAUACAUGUAUAUUUGAUAUUUAAAAUACUUGUUUCUGUGUAUUUGAGUAUUGCCCAAAACCAGUACUUUUAUACUCCUGAGACCCAGUAAUACAUUUUUGUCCUCUCUAGUGGACAUCAGUUCUUGGUCCAUAUCACUGAGGCCAUACAAGCCACUGUAUUAAGUCCUGUUGUCCCUUUGAGAGGACAUUCUGGGCUUUUCUAUGAUAUCACGCAUAGUAGCAACACAACAUCACGACAACCAUGUAUGGCGCUGUGUGGGCGAGCGGUUUGCUGAUGUCAACAUUGUGAACAGAGUACCCCAUGGUGGCGGUGGGGUUAUGGUAUGGGCAGGCAUAAGCUACGGACAAUGAACACAAUUGCAUUUUAUUGAUUGCAAUUUGGAUGCACAGAGAUACCGUGACGAGAUUCUGAGGCCCACUGUCGUGCCGUUCAUCUGCCGCCAUCAACUCAUGUUUCAGCAUGAUAAUGCAUGGCCCCAUGUCGCAAGGACCUGCACAAAAUUCCUGGAAGCUGAACAUUUCCCAGUUCUUCCAUGGCCUGCAUACUUACCAGACAUGUCACCCAUUGAGCAUUUUUGGGAUGCUCUGGAUCAACGUGUACGACAGCGUGUUCCAGUUUCCGCCAAUAUCCAGCAAGUUCACACAGCCAUUGAAGUGGGACAACAUUCCACAGGCCACAAUCAACAGCCUGAUCAACUCUAUGUGAAUGAGAUGUGUUACGCUGCAUGAGGCAAAUGGUGGUCACACCAGAUACUGACUGGUUUUCUGAUCCACGUCCCUACCUUUUAAAAAAAAGGUUUCUGUGACCAACAGAUGCAUAUCUGUAUUCCCAGUCAUGUUAAAUCCAUAGAUUAGGGCCUAAUUAUUUAUUUAAAUUGACUGAUUUCUUGAUAUGACCUAUAACUCAGAAAAAUCAUUGAAAUUUUUGCAUGUUGUGUUUAUAUUUUUGUUCAGAGUAUAUAUAUAAUAUAUCCCUUAUUUUUUCUCCCAGCUCUCAGAAGGUUAUUUUAGUAUUUGAAUGGUUGUUUGACAAAACAAACUAAUUGUCUUCCAAAUUGUAUUUGAAAGCACUGUAUUUUCAAAUACUUAUUUCAAUUAUUUCAUUUCCCAUGCAUCCCUUCAAUUUGAUUGAAUUUCUGACAAAAUACGUUUGUACAGUAUGCGAGCAAAUGUCAGACAUAUUUUGUAGAGCAGUAAUUGAAUACCUUCAGGACAGGGCCAAAAGAGUUCGACGAGGAUGGGAUUCGAACCCACGCGUGCAGAGCACAAUGGAUUAGCAGUCCAUCGCCUUAACCACUCGGCCACCUCGUCGUUCUACCCAAUGCUAAACAGUUAGCUUUAUCAAACGAAGCUACAUAUGUUUUCACAACAUAUAACGUUACAUUUCAGAAUCGUUCUGAUUUGUAUAAAUAAAAUGUAUACAUUUUAGCUAGCUACAUCUGUCUUAAUCAUUCCAUUGUGGUAGAUAGCUAAUGUUAGCCAGUUAUAAUAUUUAAACUGGACCUAUCAGCGUAAGAAAACACUGGCGCAUUCUGAAUUCAACAAAUAUCCAGUAACAGCAGCGAACGCUUUGAAAGCCAAUAUGUAAAUGAUUGACAGAGUAAUUUAGUCUGUUUCGGAUCAUCGUGAGUUGUAUAACAUAAUUUUAAACUCUUACAAGGACUCACAGAGAAAGGCAAGGACACGGAGAGCUGUAACUCUGCAAGUGGAAAUGCCUGGCAAGGACAGCUUGCUGCUAGCAAGAUAACCUUAACUAGCUAACUCGUAAGGGUGAGGACUAGAUGGUAUAUAACUACGAAGAUAAUGGACUUUUCGUAGCAGGUUAGGUUAAGGGUAGGACAAUUGUUAGGUUUAGGGAUAAUUAAAAUGCAGAAAUUCUCCCGAAACGACAUUUUCUUUUUAAGAUUUAGACGGUAUUUGCGUCACUUCCGUCCGUAGCAGUAUAGCAUUUAGCCACAACCGCAAGUAAACUAGCCAAUUUGCUAGCUACCUGUGUUGUUGACCAAUUACACAACUUUCUCUCACCUAUUAGGUAGCCAACGGCAUACAUAGCCAGCUACAUACUUAGCUAGCUACCUGCCAAGUAUUAUUUACCUAAUAAAACAACAAUGUGAUCCCUGAAAUAAGUUGAUGACUGUCAGAAGAAAUGGAAGAACCCGAGGGACACACUCGUCAGAUUCAAGCAGGCUGAAGAGCAGAGGAAAGCCUCUGGGGAGCCAGAUAGUUACAAGAAGAACUGGAUGCACAGCAGGAGAAUGUCCUUCCUCACCCCCUUCAUCCAGGCCAAGAGCUGGCAAGGAGACACCACACUUGACUUGGAGGAUGGAGAAAUAAGGAAAUGGAGAGGAACGGGGAAAGUGCCACAGAAGGCGUGGAUGACAAAUCAGCCUUCAUUAUCCACGAGAUCGAGGGGGACUAGGCAGACGAUGAGGACGCUCCCUCUCCUGACACUGCAUCAGGAUCCUAUGGGCCCAGCCAGAAGAGGAGGUGGCAGAUGGAUGGGAUGGAUGGAAUGGAGGACAUAGAGGAUGAGAUGUUCUUUAGUGUGCUCCAUAUUUUAGUUUGCUCCCCCAUGGAAAGAAGAGUGCUGUAAAACUGAAAAAUACACCAACUUUUACAUGAAGCAGCAUUCCAAUAACCCACUGCCCCGCCACGCCCCCUCCUUUCCUCGAUUCUGUUUACCGUGUUUUGUAAAGCAUAAGCCUACAUUUUGUCAUGUUACCAAUUAUGGUUCUAUACUCCGUUUGAUACUAUGCCUGUUGUUUAUGGUGAUUGCAAGGUCAAUUGUUAACAAAUAAAUACUUUAUAUAUUU